AUGACCAAUUUCAGUCUGCUGUCACUUCCUUUUCUGGAUGCAGGAAUGGAAUAUAAUGACAUACUCAACGGCAGUUGGUUCUCAAACUACAGCAGCGGCAUCUCAGAAUAUGACAACACUUUUCUUGUAGGAAUUUACAUAACGACCGGUUUCACUUUUCUUAUCAACCUUGCUGGCUUUGUGGGGAACGGGACGGUCAUUUGGCUUCUUGGCUUCCACACUAAGAGAAAUCCUUUCACCAUCUACAUCUUGAACCUCUCCGUCGCAGACUUUAGUAUACUCACUGCUCUAGCUGGCCUAAAUACAUGUUGGCUUUUAGGUGUCCUCCCUGGUAUAUACUGUUCUGAUUCCCUGCAUGAGUUUUUUUAUGCCUUCUUCUCAUUUAUGUUCAGCGCGAGUCAGUUUCUACUGACGGCCAUCAGCAUUGACAGGUGUGUGUGUCUCUCUUUCCCACUUUGGCACAAGUGUCAUCGGCCAGCACAUUUGUCCACCAUUAUAUGUGCCAUCAUAUGGAUCCUUACGUUCCUGAUCUCUGCUACCCCCACCAUCACCUUCUUGUUAACCAAUAGAAAUUAUACUUAUUUGAGGUACUACCAGUUUCUCCUAAAUGCCAUGCUCUUCACUCCAGUCAUGUUUCUUUCCACACUAGCCAUGAUCAUUAAAGUCUGCUUAAUGUCACCCCAACGUAGACGGGAAAGGCUUUUAACAGUCAUCUUGCUUGCUCUCAUUCUCUUCCUCCUCUUUGCUUUGCCAAUGAAUUUCAUUGAGUAUUUCUACUUCUACACUUCAUAUUUUGAUGAGUAUCUCUAUGAAUAUGGCUUGAUAUGUGUAUCUCUGGACAGCACCAUUAAUCCUCUGAUCUAUUUCCUGAUAGGGAGAAGAAAAAGGGGUAGGUCUAGGGGCAGUGUAAAGAAAAUAUUGGAGAAACUUUUUGAAGAGGGAAACUGUGCAGAGACACUAGAACCCACAGUCCAAACUGAGCUUUGA